UCCGUCAAGUCGUUCUAUAAAACCAUGAUUGUUUAUAGUCCUGCGUAUAUAGUAAGGUUAUGUUUAUCAUCAUUUGGCUAAACAUCACUGUAACGUCAAAUCGUGUAUGAAGUCAUAUAAUUUUAUUUGUACAUAACGUUUCAUAGAGAAAAUGGAUUUCAAAGAUAGAGAAACAGAAAAACAAUUGGAGCGAGUACUGCUAAUCAAUUACAGUACAUCUAAAGAUGAUAAUUUACCAUCAAUUGUUAAAGCUAUACUUGCAGCUGAAUACGCACAGACAUUAAACAGCGAAUUUUGUCUGGAACAUAUCAAACCACUUGUAGGAAACAAAGAUUUCAAAAAAUCUAUUUUGAAUGCUAUUCAAGCAGAAUCGGAAUUGCAUUUCAAUUGGCUGUGUACGGGAAUUGCUUCAAUACUUUAUUUUGUGCAAAACAACUGGACUGGUCCGGAAGUAAAGGAUGAUAUAAACUGGUUAUCCGUCAUUAGAAACAAUGUGUUACAGGAAUUAUCUCUGAAUGAUCAGUGCAAUGAGAACAUGAGUAAACCAGAAUUGUUACAUUUAGCCAAAACAAUAUUUUCUAGCAAGGAUUUGCAGAAUGUUUUUGAAAGCAGUCUUUGGUGGCUAUUCAGAGCAAAUUUACUACAUUCAACAAUUUUGGAAGAACUGUCAGCAGUUCUCUUUGAUGAAACUGAGUCUUUGAUACUUAAAAUUGUGGAACAGGAUAUCUUACAAGAUACUUUUCUUAAGACUCUUUUUCAUCUAGAAGCAACACACUUUUAUUUAACAUACAAAAGAAUACAAAAUUCUGAACAUUAUCUCAAAAUAGCAAAUGAUGUAGCAAUGUUGAGAAUGGAACUGGUGGGAGCGAUGGGAAAGCGAACAAAAUACCAGCAAGAGGAAAAGGCACAAUUAUUCUUAAAAAUUAAAGUCAACAAAGAGCUAUUUCCAUCACGGGAGUGUAAAGAUUUGCCAAAAGCUUUAGAAUUGAAUGACGAUUUGCGAUUAGAGCGAAUAGAAUUUUCCGAGUCGGUCGAAAAAGUAAACUUAAACGCUCUCGAGGAAGCGAUUAUUUUAGCAACACACUUUCAGAUCAAAAUAUCGCUGCCAAAAGACAAGCUUACCGAUGAAGAAAUCAUUCCCUAUCUAACGACCAUAAUCGAGAAUACAAGAAAUUGGUCAUUGAAGAUGUCAUCCUUGUGUCAGCGUUGCUUAUUAGAAUCAAAUCAUAAAAGAACUAUUGAACGGUCUAUGUCGCAAAUUGAAUAUUUAAUUGAACAAUUAAAUAAUACUCAAACAGCUUAUAAAAUGGACCUGUUUUUCGCAAGUGGAAUGAAACCCAUCUGGCAGUACAAACACAUGUUAGCGGAUCUGAUGUUGAAUGUAGGAAUGGUGAAAGGUGCUUUGGAACUCUAUUUAAAUCUUUAUCUUUGGGAAGAUGUUAUUGUUUGCUACACCAUUUUGGAAUUGAAACACAAGGCAGCAGAAAUAAUACGUCAACAGAUAUCCAAGAAACCUACAGUAAAGUUGUGGUGCCUACUGGGUGAUGCGACUCAAGACACAGAUUGCUAUGAGACAGCUUGGCAAUUAUCUGGUAAAAAAAGUAGCCGCGUUCAGCGGCACUGGGGACUUUAUUACUUCGCAAUGAAACAUUACGACGAGGCUGUGCCACAUUUAAAGCAGUCCGUAGAAUUAAAUAAUAUACAAGAGAACGUAUGGAUCCGACUUGGAUUCGCUGCUUUGCAAAUUGAGGAUUGGAAACUGGCAGCUACAGCUUAUAGACGUUAUUGCGAAUUAGAGCAGACGAGUUUUGAGGCCUGGAAUAAUUUGGCUAAAGCUUGUAUAAAACUAGGUGAUAAAUCUAGAGCUUGGCGGGCACUUCAGGAUGCUGUUAAGUGCAAUUAUGAUCGUUGGGAAAUUUGGGACAACUUAAUGGUCGUCAGUAUUGACUUGGGUCAUUUCUCUGAAGUAAUCCGGUGCUAUCAUCGCAUACUUGAGAUCAAAGGAUCUCAUACAGAUGUUCAGGUUCUUCGUAUACUGACUAAAGCAGUAGUCGAUGAUAUAAAGGAUGCUGAAGGUAAUUCAUCGAGAAGACUUCUUCAAAGAACUUUAGAAUUAUUUGGACACUUGACAUCCUGUGUUCCAAAUAAUUCUGAUAUUUGGCGACUGUAUGCCGAGCUAAGUGCUGCUAAGAAAACUGAAUUGGAUGAUCAAAAGGCAGCACAGUAUUUACAAAGAGCAUAUCGUUGUGCAGUUUCAGACCCAAGAUGGUUUCAGACAGCAGAUGGAACUCAAAGUGUAUUAGAUUUAAGUUUAGCACUAGCCGACGAUUAUCUAAGCUGCUCUCGAAAUUGUACUGCUGUGCAAAAGAGAGCCAUGUUGGGUAGUGCAAAACUAUCAUUACAAAGUGUCGUGAAGAAAGUAAGAGAUCAAGAGCUGAUAAAUCAGACAGAAAUUUCUAAGAGCAUAGAAGAGAUUGAAGAGAGAUUAAAUGAAAUUGUUAAGGAAUUGGCAAUAAUAAAUACAAUGAAUUGAUUAUA